CCAAUUGGAUAACUUCACUGAGGUCAAAGGUGAGACACAGUUUCCAACAUGGCGGCCCCCUUGGAUGACAUGUUUUCGCGAUGCGCUGAUCCCGGUAAAACAGCAAACUGCGUGGAAGUCCGCUUUAUCGACAAUGUCAAGGGAAAAGGACUAUUCGCCAAGAGACCUUUCAAAAAGGGCGAGGCUAUCUUUAUUGAGCGUCCCCUUGUGUCGGCUCAGUUCCUGUGGAAUGCCUUGUACAAGUAUAAAGCAUGUGAAUACUGCCUGCGUGCUCUGGAGACAGCAGAAGAAAAUGCACGCAGGCUCAGCGGUCUACCUGCCCUCAGCCUGCCUCAUCCUGAGCUGUGUAAGGUCCGACCUGAGCUGCACCAAGCCUGCCCUCACUGCCAGGUGAUGUACUGUAGCAGUGAGUGCAGGCAGGCUGCUUGGGAUCAAUAUCACCAGGUCCUGUGUCUGGGCCCUUCACAUCAGGAUCAUGAUCAUCCAAUCAACAAGCUGCAGGAUGCUUGGAGGAGUGCACACUAUCCUCCAGAAACCUCCAGCAUCAUGCUAAUGGCCAAAAUGGUUGCUGUUGUGAAGCAGGCUCAAGACAAGAGGCGCUGGCAGAGGCUGUUUUCCCACUUUUGCAGCCGUGCAGCCAACGAGCAAGAGGAAAUAGCACACAAACUACUAGGAGAGAAGUUCCAGGGCCAACUGGCUUUGCUGCGUAACCUUUUUACAACUGCACUCUAUGAUGAUCACCUCAGUCAGUGGUUCACUCCAGAUGGCUUUCGCUCUUUCUUUGCACUCAUCGGGACCAACGGGCAGGGCAUUGGCACCAGUUCCCUCAGCCAAUGGGUUCAUGCAUGUGAUGCACUGGAGCUUUCUCACCAGCAGAGGGAGCAGCUGGAUGCUUUUAUUGACCAGUUAUACAAGGACAUCGAUAAAGAAACAGGCGACUUCCUCAACUGUGAAGGAUCCGGUCUCUUCCUUCUUCAGAGCUCAUGUAACCACAGUUGCAUACCGAACGCGGAGGCGUCUUUCCCUGACAACAACUUCCUGCUUCACCUGAGCGCCCUGAGUGACAUCAAACCUGGCGAGGAAAUCUGCAUCAGCUAUUUGGACUGUUGCCAGCGAGACAGGAGUCGCCAUAGCCGGCACAAGAUCCUGAGAGAAAACUACCUGUUCGUGUGCUCGUGUCAGAAGUGCAUGGCCCAGAUAGAUGACGCUGACGUGACCUCGGAGGACGAGGACGAAGCGGAAGGAGAGACAGAAGGGGACGAAAUGGAGGACGAGAUGACGGACGUGUGAUGAUGUUCUGGUUUCCGGUUUCAUCAUUUCCUACCCAUUUCAUACCCAUCUAUUUUUUUUUUUUUUGUGAACGUUUACACUUUCAUAUCAUCAUAAAGAAAAACACUCGGGUCACUAUAACGAACCUGCAGGUCCGUUCAUGCAAUAGGAGAGUGCGCUCUGGGCUAUGCAAAGUGUUUUGUCUCACUUUUACACCUUUAAUUACCAUCACAUUAGUGGUGCCAAGAAUGCUUCCAUUUCCAUUCUCUCAGACUGAUCUGUUUCACCUUGAUUUAAAAAAAAAAAAAAAAGGAUCAAAUAUGAACAUAUUUCAUCUAUGCACUGACAUUUUUUGAUACAUUAUGGAUGCUCUGAGACAGCAUGAAACCUUUCAAAGACAAACUAAUUCACGUUUCAUCAGCCUUGCUGGACUGUAGACACAACAACCAGCCAUGUGAUGUCCUCCAGUAUGUUAGUUUGCUUAAAACAUUUGCUUGGAACAAGUAGGCUUUUAUUAACCACUUAAACUUUCCAGAUCUGUCAGCUGCUCCAGCCUUCUAUAUCUCAUAACUACAGUGCCCAGUCCAGUAUUAUUGGCACCCUUCAUAAAAAAUGAGCUGAAAUAGUUAAAAAAAAAAAAAAGAACCUUGCACAGAGUAAUUCAAAAUUUCCAUUUGUACAAUAAAUGGAAAUAUUUAUCUUUUUUUCUGACAGUAAGAAAUGCAAACCAUUUAGCAUUCUUCAUUUUUUUUUUUUUUCUUCAUUUUUCCUCUUUCCUCAUUUCCCCCAGGAACUCUGCUGUUGCCUUUAACCAUGUAUUGUUUCCCUAGGGUAUAAAUACUGUGUUGCACAAAGAACACACAAUUGUAAAAAACCCAUAAAAUUGGGAAAUGCAAUUGAGUGGAAUUAAAGCAAUACAAAAAAGUGUCUGAAAGUGUUUAGAAUUAUCCAGGAAUUGGACCCAUGCACGCAUCGUCUCUCCGCAAAUUGAUGAGGAUGGUGAAGCAAAGAGAAAAAUGCCUGAAGAUCACAGUUUCAGAAUUGCACAGCUUCAUUUAUUUUUGUGCUUGUCAAUUUCAAAGUGUUUCCUGUUGCGAG